CAAACCCAAAACCACCGAAAGGCAUAGAGCCCUACACUAUUUUCAACACAAAAGAUUGAAAAUCUCCCCUCCCCUCCUCUUCUCUUAGAGCAAUCCAAAAACACAACAUGCAGCCUGAAAACUGCUCAGAGAAUUCACAGUUGUACCGCUUUCUUGCAGAGAAUGGAAUGAUUAACGUUGGAGCAUAUGGUUUCCCAGCCGCGAUGCAAACCUUGUGUACCUCAUCAGCCACCUCCUACCAUAACAAUAAUUACCACUUUGAAAGUUCUGUAAUCACAGAUAUGACAGCACAAGAUAGAGCUCUUGCUGCUUUGAAGAAUCACAAGGAAGCUGAGAAGAGAAGGAGAGAGAGGAUUAACUCUCAUCUUGAUAAGCUUAGAGGCCUCCUUCAUUGCAAUUCCAAGACAGACAAAGCUUCACUUCUAGCAAAGGUUGUUCAAAGAGUUAGAGAGCUGAAACAACAGACCUCAGAGCUUUCUGGACUUGAAACUUUCCCAUCAGAAACAGAUGAAGUCACUGUACUCUCUGGUGAAUAUUCAAGCGAUGGACAGCUAAUAUUUAAGGCAUCUCUUUGUUGUGAAGACCGGUUGGAUCUCAUGCCAGACCUAAAUGAGAUACUGAAAUCUCUACAUUUGAAGACAUUGAAAGCUGAAAUGGUAACACUAGGAGGAAGAAUUAGGAAUGUUCUUAUCAUUGCGGCUGACAAAGAUCAUAGUGUCGAGUCGGUCCAUUUCUUGCAGAAUGCAUUGAAAUCUUUGCUAGAACGCUCGAAUUCUAGCGAAAAAUCGAAAAGGCGAAGGAUAUUAAACCGAAAAUUAGUAAUCCAAUGAUGAUUAGUAUUAUUGUUUGUCGUAGUUAAUUUCCUUUUUAGUCUUCUCUUGUUCUUCUUCUUGUUUUUUUUUUAAUAUUAUUUUAGGUGUUACAGGCUUGUGCAAUCUGGUUAAUUUCUAUAGUUGUGGGGGUUUGUUUGUUUUAGUUUAAACCCAGAAAAGAAUGGAGGGCAAAAAAAAGGGAAAUGAAUUUGUGUGGUAGUUUGGAUAUUUUAUUUAACUGGUCUAGGGUUUUAGAUUAUUGUAAAUCUCCUGCAUGUGAUCUUAUCUUCCAUGUAAGGAGACAAAGCUGAAGAAUCAAAGAAUCUGUAAUGAAGAUGGUGAAGGAGCCGAAAUCUUUUUACGUGAUGUAUGAUUAUGGUAUCUGUAAAAGCGAAUAUUUAUGUGAGUUUCCAAGCAGAAAUUGAAGACUUUUUGCCUGCGUGUACGUACUACGUAGAUUUCAUUUGAUUAUCUUCUCUAUGAUAUUUGGCUGUAAAAGGCAUUUCCAUAUCUGCUUUUAUCCAAUUGAUGUGUAGUACUAGAGUUCCAUUAUUGAGCAUUUUGUCUGUAAUGUACACUGAUUUUAAAGAAAGCAAGAGAAGGGAAAGAUUCUGAAGUUAAUG